GAUGGCAGGGACUCCAGCAGGUUGCUUGGAACAGAAGAGGAUCAGGAGGAAACUGCGUUUGUGAAGGAGGAGACAUUUGCAUCCACACAGUUACCUGGCAUAGCAGAAGGGCUGGUUCCUGUUUUCCUCCAGCGAGUGAGAUAAACACAAAUCUGCAAGCAAUAUACCUGAUACAGGAGGGUCACCACUCAACGAAGAAUAUGGUUGGCUCUGGGCCUUUGCUGGCUGGUGUCAUUCCUGGUGGGCCUGACCCCCAUGUUCGGCUGGAACGUGAAACUGACCUCAGAGUACCACCGGAACCUCACCUUCCUUUCCUGCCAGUUCCGUUCCGUCAUGAGGAUGGACUACAUGGUCUACUUCAGCUUCUUCACUUGGAUUUUCAUUCCCCUGGUUGUCAUGUGCGCCAUCUACCUUGACAUCUUCUAUGUCAUCCGGCACAAACUCAAUCAUAACUUCUCUGGCUCCAAAGAGACAGGUGCAUUUUAUGGACGGGAGUUCAAGACAGCCAAGUCUCUGUUUCUGGUUCUUUUCUUAUUUGCCUUGUCCUGGCUGCCUUUAUCUAUCAUCAACUGUAUCAUCUACUUUAAAGGUGAAGUGCCAGAAGUUGUGCUGUACUUGGGCAUCCUGCUGUCCCAUGCUAACUCCAUGAUGAACCCUAUCGUCUAUGCUUAUAAAAUAAAGAAGUUCAAGGAAACCUACAUUUUGAUUCUCAAGGCCUGUGUGAUUUGCCAGCCCUCUAAUUCCUUGGACCCAAGCACUAAGAAGCCUUCUGAAUAGUUCAUGAAAGAGGACCGUCCAUCCCAUUGACCUUGGGAUUCGACAACAACAAACACUUGAGGGUCUGUCCACCUGGGCCAACGGCUCACAUGUCUUUGCUGCCUUCCACUCAGGUGGGAAGCGUUUGGCUGGCUGCCUCCAAUUGCACCUUCCCUACGAUCUAAUUCAUUUUCUUUCUCGUCCUUCUUUUCGAUGUUCUGGAUAUCUGACUUGAGGACAGUGUUCUACUGCUACGGCUGCCUGUGCCCCUCCCUCCCAAACAGAAGUGAUGGAGUUUGAAGGAUGCCUCCACUGACAUCCUGACCAAAGGCGCCCAAUCAGGCUGGAUACAUACCCGAUGCUGACCCAGUUCUACUCCACCGUGGAACUAGGAGGACAACCCUGCUCUUGGCAGAUGCCUGCAAGAUGGUGGGAAUGCAAGGAAUGAACUGAGUUUAAGGGGGACUUAAAUUGCUGAACUCACUUGUCAGUGUAUUUGAGUAAAUAAAAGAGGAUAACUA